UGGACGUCCGGUCCGCGUGCACGCUCCCGAGUCCCGCCUGUGUGCAGAGAGCCAGCCAGUAAGCGCCGCGGAGAUUGGGCUAGCGACGGAGGCUGAGGCCGAGUCGGAGCCCCGGAUUUCCCAGCCUGGUAAAGCAGCUGACUGGCGAGUGUGCCAACUGUCCGUGCUUCCUGGCUCCUACCUUGCCUGUCUUCUCUCUCUCCUGGGAAGAUGUUCCUGGUGGGGCUGACGGGAGGCAUCGCCUCAGGCAAGAGCUCCGUCAUCCAGGUAUUCCAGCAGCUGGGCUGUGCUGUGAUCGAUGUGGACGUCAUUGCGCGGCACGUUGUCCAGCCAGGGUAUCCUGCCCACCGGCGUAUAGUAGAGGCCUUUGGCACUGAAGUCUUGCUGGAGAAUGGCGACAUCGACCGCAAGGUCCUCGGAGACCUGAUCUUCAACCAGCCUGACCGUCGGCAGCUGCUCAACUCCAUUACCCACCCUGAGAUCCGCAAGGAAAUGAUGAAGGAGACCUUCAAGUACUUUCUCCGAGGGUACCGAUACGUGAUUCUGGACAUCCCCCUCCUGUUUGAGACCAAGAAGCUGCUCAAGUAUAUGAAGCACACAGUGGUCGUGUACUGUGACCGUGAUACACAGCUGGCGCGGCUGAUGAAGCGGAACAACCUGAACCGGGAGGAUGCAGAGGCGAGGAUCAACGCCCAGCUGCCCCUGAAGGACAAGGCCCGCAUGGCCAACCACGUUCUGGACAACUCGGGCGAGUGGAGCCUCACCAGACGCCAGGCCAUCCUCCUGCACGCCAAGCUGGAACGCUCCAUGGAGUAUCUGCCACUGCGGCUCGGGUUCCUAACGGGCCUCGCAGGCAUCGCCAGCCUCCUCUACCUGCUCACCCGUUACCUCCUCCCUUCCCCCUAGCUGGGUACACCCAGGCAGCAAGCCUUAGGCUUCCUUCUCCUUGGAGGCCUGAGUCAGGUACCAUGUCCACAACACUACAACUCUCUUGACUCUGAGACUGGCCCCUGCGGUGGGGCGGCUCUGGAGUGUAACCAGUCUGGGACUCAGCAAAAGAAGCCCACUGACAGUAUGUACCCCCCAACACACACCGACACCCCACCCCACCCCGAGCCCUACCAUCCCUAACUACCACUGCAGAACAACAUCCAUGGUGGCAGGAAACCAGCAGUUAGCAGGCUCUGCGGCUCUCCCUACAGUUAACGACUAUGUAGCCAAAAGUGUCUUGGGCUUGAACCUUUCCAGAGCAUCUGCCUCCGCAUCAUGGCCACAAGCUUCCUAGUGGACCACAGCAAGUCCUUCCAGACUGAAGGCCUUCUUCAAACAGAGUUCUCCUGGGCGUGCUAUGUGCAGUGUGGUUCUCCUGGGUGUGCGUGCUGUGGCUGCAUCGAGCAGAGCCCUUUGGAGCAGUCCAGCUCCGGUGGAGCUUUCCUCGAAGCUAGCCACCACCUGUGCUCUCGGCAUUCCCCAGGCCCCAAGCUAUCCUACCUCUGUGCCUUCCCCACAUGCUCCCUGCCCUGCAGUAUCUUACCCCUGACUGUCCCAGGUCAGGCUCCAGCAGCCCCAGACUGAGUUAGGUGCUAUAGAGAUCACCUUCCUGUCUCAUCCAAAUCCACAAGAGAACGUGUAGCCUGGUUGGGUUCUCCCAGACUGUACGCCUCUAGAUGGCAGGGCCGAUUCAUCUCCACUCUAGUGUACCACAGCCUGCCCCACAGGUGCCCAAUAAAUGGAAUUGCUCUAAAAUGUC